CUACAAAGAAAACCAGGACAUGGAUCUAUCCUUCCAGUUUAUGAAAUCCAACCUUCAGUGUCAGUUUAUUGGAUGAGACCCAAAUGAAAAGGUGAUCAGAAGGUAGAACAGGCUUUAGAUCUGACACUGGUAUAUUUAUUAACAUUUCAGAAGCGGUUUUCGUUAAAAUGACCUUGUUAAAUUGACGUUGUUUCUGUGUUUUUGUGUCGUUUUGAAUCUUUCUGGUUUAAUUUCUCUAAACGUGGUUCUUCUUCCUGUUUCUACAGAACAGCUGGGUCCUGUUCUGUCUCUGUACAUUUCAUUGGUGUUUGGUGAGUGAAUGUGGCUUUUGGAAGCUGCUGGUUUCUUUGCUUGGGUGGAUAUGUUACUCUGAAAUCUGCCUUUGAACAGGAUUUCUCUCGUACCGGACUAAAUCAAUUCCGCUGUGAACUCCACUUCGGGAACUCGCUCCUCCCGCUCCCGCGGAGGGCUAUGCUAGGCUAGUUCAAAACGGACCCCGCUAACGGCUCCCCGCUACCUUUACCUCCGCUCCGUUAAUGUCCCCCUCCGGCUCCGACUCAGCAGACCGGUCCAUCCUCCUGCACACGCGCAGUCCACUGCACCGGAGUUAUUCGUCCUACCGAGCGGCGAUCCAGUCGGUUUGAUCUCCGUCUGGCUCUCGGUGUGCUAAGCUAGCAGUUAGCCUCACAUCCAAAAUGGCGGACCUGGAGGAUGACAGCAGAACAAAAACAGAUCAGCCCCGGGAUCAGGCACCGGCUCUGCCCCGGGACACGGCACCGGCUCUGUCCGCCGCCCACAGCGCUCAGCACGGGGAGAGCGUGUCGGCGUCGGCCGGCGGCCAGAGCGUUCAGCCCGGGAACAGCGCGCCCGCGGCGGGCUGCGGAGCUCCGCUGGCGGACUUUCUGCAGAGCUGCAACGAAGAACAGAGCCUCCUGGUGGGUACGGAGCUGAGCCUGGGCCCGAACCCGGACCUGGUCAACACCACCACCAUCAUCUACGUGCAGCCGGACGGGAGCCUGGUGGAAGGCUCCGGCCUCAGCCCCGAGGAGCAGCAGCUUCUGCUGGAGCAGCUGACCAAGCAGCAGCUGGUCCAGGUGUCCGACACCGAGGCGGCGCACCUUCUGCAGCACAGCCCGCUGGUCCGGACCGUGCCGGUCCACGGCCCGGCUCUGGACCCCAGCCAGCUACAGCAGGUCAUCAACCAGGUCACUCGGGCCCAGCAGCAGGUCCACGUCCCUCAGCAGACCCAGAAGCAGCCGCAGAAACCGGUCCAGGUGGUCCAGACUGGCCAGAAGGCUGGGGCGGAGACCGGGGUACUGGCAGUCGGUCCGGGUCCGGCCGACGGUCCAGUCGGAUCCAAGACCCAGAACGCCUCCCAGCAGCUGAAGAGCGUGGCCCAGCAAGUCGCCAUGCAGACCGGCAGCUCGGUCCAGGUGGUCCAGAAGAAGACGGAACCGGUCCGGAUCCAAAUCCAGGUUCCUAAACAGGAAGUGAAGCCUAACCCUGCCCCCCAGCAGAAGACACUGGCUGUCAGUCAGCCGCAGGUGAAGCUGUCAGCCAAUGGCAGUGUGAGCAGCGCUCAGGUGAUCCACAUCCAGCCUGUGGUGGGUCAGCAGGGCCAGAUCUUCCUCCAGCAGAGUCCAGGAGACCCUCCUAUCCAGCUGCUUCUCCAGAGCCCCUCCCCUGUUGUCGGGUCUCUGCUCCCAUUGGUCCAAAAGCUCACAAGCUCCAUCCCUGCUCCCAAAGUGGCCGCCUCCCCACUGCGACUCCAGAUCCCAACCUCCAUAAAGACCCCACCCCCCGUCACUAGUAAACCUGUUCCACUGUUGAAGACCACAGCCAACGGAGCCACGCCCACAAGUCCAAGUCCGGUUAAACCUGCCGCUGCCACCGCACAGGCCACACCCAGCAACACUCCAGCCAACACUAUAGCCACGCCCCCAAAGGACAAAGAGAAGGAGAAAAAGGCAAAGAAGAGGGAGAGGAAGGCAGUGAAGGUCCUGACCAGAUCAGGACGAGUCUCCAGACCCCCAAAGUACAAAGCCAAGGACUACAAGUUCAUCAAGACAGAGGAUCUGGCCGACUCGCACCAGUCCGACUCCGACGACUACUCGGACAUGAGCAUGGAGGAGGAGGAGGGCGGGAAGAAGGAUGGCUCCUCCCCCUCCUCAUCCAUGACCUACAGCCAUAAGUCCCGGUCGUUCCGCUGUCAGAGCUGCGAUAAGGCCUACAUUGGACCCGGAGGACUAAACCGACACUACAAACUGAACCCCAGCCACGGCCAGCCCCAACUGCCCGAAGACACGGAGCCACGGCAACCGGACGACUGCCAAUCACAGGAGACGACAGCAGCAGAGGCCAACAGAGAGGAGGAGGAGGAGGAGGAGGCAGAGAAACCUCUCACCACGGCAACGCACAAAGUGGAGGGCGGUCCCUCAGCCGCUGUUGGACUCAGGGGUCUGCAUCACCGAGGACCGGGUAGACCCCGAGGACGAGGCCGGGGGAGGGGCAGGGGGCGAGGCCGAUCACUGGGACCGCCUCCUAGGGUGGCGGUGGGUGUCAUUGGUAGGCGGGGCCGUCGAGGGCGACCUCCAAAGCUUGGUGUUACCGUGGUGACAGCAGAGCAGCAGGCGGAGAGGAGGAGAGCACGACUUCAGGAGCUGGUGGACCAGUGUGAGGAUGAGGACCUGAUGGACGUAGUCCUACCGCGGCUCAACAAAGUCCUGAGUCUGUGGGAGCUGCUGCUGGCUAAGGUGGAGCGCAGCGUUCCCACUCGGACUCGGUUUCCAGACAUUUACCGAGAGUUCGAGUCUCUUCAGACCCAGGUGAGGCAGGCUGCUCAGGAAUACAUCAUCAGCCCACAGGGGGGCGCCGUGCCGCUGGAGGUCCGCAACAUCGAGGUGGCCCGGUGCUUGGGGAUCCUGGACGAGGUGAACCGGAUGAAGGUGCUUCCUGGAGCGUCACCGUUCUCCAGCCUGACCAAUAAGAACGUCCGAUACAUGGAGAAUUCCAAGAUGCUGCCGCCAUCAAAGAGAUUUAAGAUGGAGAACAGUGUUCCGGUUCAUCAGAACGGCAUCGAAACACCCAGAGCAGCACCCCCUUCAGCCCCGCCCACUCCUUCAUCCUUGCCUCUGAAGUCCUGCUCGGUCUCGAUGUCUCCGCUGCAGAGUCCAUGUGGACCCAGACUCCUGUCCGCAGACUCUGUGUCCAGCUCCUCCAGUCCCACUUUGGCCCUGCCUCCCCUAACACCUGUGGACGGCACCCCCGUCCAAAACCAGAACCAGGUGGACAGGCCUCUGCAGACCACCACCCAGGAGGGGGACCUGCUGGAGGGUCAGAACCAGGUCCUGAACACCGGUGACAUCACGGCACAGAUGAAGGAGCUGGAGAAGGCUCUGGAUUUGGGUCCAGAGAACCCCGGCAUCCCUGAGACUGGAUCCACCAAUGCACAAGGGUCCAGAUCCUCCCAAACACCUGAACCCAAGACCCCCAUGGACACCAACACACCUGAACCUGAGACCCACAUGGACACCAACACACCAGAGUCCUGUUCCAUACAGAGACCAGCGCACAAGGGCCCAGUUCAGUCCGAGACCAGUUCAACAGUCUGUGAGACCAAAGAGGUCCAGGAAGGUCAGGAGAUCUACAUUCAGACUGAAGGGUUGACGGUCCAGCUGGCGGAGCCCGGAUCAGACCGGAUCGUCAUCGUAAACGGGCCCGACGGGACCACCAUGCACAUCCAGACCCCCGAGGGCGUCCCCCUGGAGGCGGUCCAGGCCCUGCUGGGCAUCGAGGCCUCAGACGGGGUCAGAACUCCUCAGUGAACCCGGUCCUGGUCCAUGAUCUGAGUCAACCUAGUUCUCUAGGACCCUGAUCCUCUGGUGGACCUGGGUCUUGAACCUGACGGGGGCGUCGGACCUGCUGAUCCGUACCCGGGUGGGCUUUAGUUCUGGUUCCGUACCCAGGUGGGCUUUAGUUCUGGUUCCUUUUAAUGAAUGCUCUGUGGGUUUGUUUUCGUUCCUUUCAGACUGAAACAUUAGUUCCAUGUUUAUAUGUAGAUAAACCUGAAAAAAACACAUUUAAAACAGUUGCACUAUUUUAUUACUUUUUAUAAAAACUUGUUCAGUGAAAAAUGAACCAAAUGUUUGUAAGAAACUGGAGGAAACAGAAAGAUGGUUUGUUUGAAUGUGUUCCUCCAAUAAACUGAUGUUCAACUCA